AUGUCAUGGGGUUGGCAUAUGGGCGUUUCUCAGAAGCAAAGCGUUUCGUAUCAAUUUAUUUCCGCUGAAAAUGAGAGGAUACGAUUAUUAGAACAUCUUGGUUCUCAAUUGGAACCUUUCAAGAAACCACAUCCGGAAUCUUUUUAUAAAAGCCGUCUUUUAAAUUUUCCUGAUUUACCAACUCCUCGCAAUAUUCACGACAGCUUUUGUGAAUCUAAUGAUCAAGCUAAGUCUUUUUCAAUUUCUGGAAUGUCUGGUGAAGAUGGAGACUUGGAUGAGGCACAUUUACAAUAA